AUGUUUGGAGCAGUUUGUUCUGGGAGACCGAUGCAAAUUGCUGAACAGGUUGACACAACCAAAUACGUUAUCAGUAUACCAAAUGCUGGUAAUAUUUCACAUAUUGCAAUAUUCUUGCUUCCGAAUUCAGGCUUCGUGGACCCCAAUUAUACAGCCCUUGUCUUUUUCCAAUUGCCUAGCUCCCAAGAGUUUAAGUUGCUAGGAGGUUUGAAUCCUUUAAAGCCAUCAGCAAUAUUCAAAUUGAAGAACAACGCAACCAGCACUAUGCACCUGGGUCAGGUAGAUGAUAUCGAUAUGAAUGUGGAUGAAGGUUCCGGGGGUGCUGUAGGCGCAGAUGUGACAAUUAACAUUGGCAUAUCAAUUGAAACUACAGUGGUUGCAGAGCAACAGCUAGCUGAAGAGAAACAGAAAAAGGGAGGUCAGUCUCUGGCUUUAGUCCCUGGAAUGAAGCCGUCUGUACAGCCUAAAGCUCCUAACGACAUUGCUGCUUUGGCAAAUAAAAUUGUGGGACAUGCCUAUAAUUACUUGGGCAGCUUUAUAGAUGCCUCUGGGAAGGUACCUAUGAAGGCAUUUGACAAUUGGUGGGAAAAAUUCAAAGCGAAGUUGGCUAACAACCCAAAUUUUCUUGAUGAACUACAAAAUUGA